CGCCCUUCCAUUCGAAAAAAAGUCAACAGGUUCGCAGUGCAAAUCAAAUAAGUGGAAAAACAUGGCAGAAGAGAUUUCAUUGGCUACAGUCAAGAAGCACAACAAGGCAGAAGAUCUCUGGAUAGUUAUCGAAAAUAAAGUCUAUGACGUCACCAAGUUUCGGCUCGAGCAUCCCGGUGGUGAGGACUCGCUCGUAGAUGUGGCUGGUCGUGAUGGCACCAAGGAGUUCAUCGACGUAGGCCACAGCCUAGAGGCCAGGAAGAUUAUGAAGAAGUUUUAUAUUGGCGAUUUGGCGGCCGCUGAUAUCAAAAAGAAAAGCCCAAUUAGAUGCGCUCAUGUGGGACUGGCCCUGGGCGCUGUUUUUCUGGGCUUUGCUCUGAUUUAUGUGAUUAAGCGGGGAGGAGGACCCAAGCAGUAACCAUCGGUACUGUCUGAUAUUUCUUCCGCUUCUUCCUUCAUUCCGCCGCAAUUGGAACGAUAGUGGAAUUGUUAUGCCCGCAUUUUGGAUAUUGUACAAUAAUGAUAUUAUUUAUUUGCCGUUUGCAAAUAACCCACAAAGUACCCGAGAAUUAAUAGAAAUCUGUGAAGCCAUUGCAUUUGAGAGUCCAUAAGACUUUGCGAUUCGGCACAUUCUAUCUACCUUUCUAUCUAUCCAUCUAUAUCUAUAGUCAAAGUUCUAUCUGUAGCACGCAUUUGUUCAAUGUUUAAUUCAAUAAAUCAUGCCUUGUAUACAAAGGGUGGGCACACACA